AUGGAUAACUUGCUGUCGAACGAAGAUAAAAAUAGAAGCGAGAAGAAAACUUCUGCUAUGGUAUCGUUAUUACGAUCAUGUUGCAUAAUUCCACAGCGCUAUACAUUUGCAAUAGUUGCAUUAAUUGGCCUUUGUAAUGCAUUCACAAUGCGUACAACUUUGAACGUUGCAAUCACGCAAAUGGUUAGACACAGACGCUUAGGGAGAGAAAAUUUAGAUCCAGAUGCAUGUCCAAGUGAUAUAGUACUUAAUACUACUACUCUCAUCACUAAUCCAUAUGCAAUGUUCGACUGGGAAGAAAAGACACAAGGUCUCCUUUUAAGCGGUUUUUAUUACGGAUACUGUUUAUCACAAGUUUUAGGUGGAUAUUUAGCACUUAAAUUUGGUAGUAAAUGGGUAUUAGGUGUUGGACUCUUAAGCACGGCAAUAUUCACUUUUUUGACGCCGAUUAUCACACGAAUGGGUGGAUCAACUUGGUUAUUUAUUCUUCGAAUUUUGGAGGGAAUAGGAGAGGGGCCUACAAUGCCUGCAUUAGCUCACAUGAUGGCAAGAUGGAUACCACCACAUGAAAGGUCGAUUUUAUCAGCAAUCAUUUUCGGAGGUGGUCAAUUUGGAAACAUAUUCGGACCAGUCAUAUCUGGAAUUUUAUUAGAUAAUAAUAGAGAUUGGGCUUAUGUGUUUUAUUUCUUCGGAGGUUUUGGUUUAAUUUGGUUUACCUUAUGGACCCUUUUAUGCUAUAGCGAACCAACUGAACACCCAUUUAUAUCUAAAAAGGAAUUAGAAUACUUAAACCUAAUUCUGCCGAGAGCUAAGGAAAGUAAUAAAAGGGAUCCCGUACCUUGGAAGGCCAUUAUAAGAUCACCGCCAGCGUGGGCUAUGCUUGUCGCUAAUGUGGGACACGAUUGGGGACUUUACACUAUAAUAUCAGACCUCCCAAAAUAUAGCCACGACGUUUUAAAAUUCAACAUAGCAGCUACUGGUAUUCUGUCUGGCUUACCUUUUAUGGCGAUGACGCUUUGUGCUACGCUUUUUGGUAUUAUUUGCGAUUUAGGUAUUAGAAAAAAAUGGCAUAGCGUAAAAACAGCAAGGAAAAUAUACACUAGUAUAGCCGCAACAGGACCAGCGAUAUUCAUCAUUCUAGCUUCAUAUUCUGGGUGUAAUCGGAAUGCGGCGAUGGUCUACUUUAUAAUUUCAAUGGGACUUAUGGGCGCAUAUUAUAGCGGAAUGAAGGUGAACGUUUUGGAUGUGGCACCUAACUACGCUGGAACAUUAACAUCUUUCAUAAACACAGUAUCCACAUUAGCUGGCAUUAUAACGCCGUACUUGACUGGACUAUUAACACCCGAUUCAACUCUGGUACAAUGGCGUACAUCAUUUUGGGUUUGUUUUGUGAUGCUAGUUGGGAGUAACAUAAUAUACUGCAUCUGGAUGAAAGAGGAGCAGUUGUGGUGGGACGAUAUAAAAAAAUUUGGCUAUCCACCUGGGUGGAAACACGGUCCCCUUACAAAAGAUGAAGAGUCAAAAAGUCCUCAAGAUGUCGAAUUAAUUGAAAAAAAUAUAGGAUCUUAAUAAUUA